AUGCGGCAGUACUUCAAAUAUUUCUGGAAUGGGAGCAUUAUUGCUCUCGCGGAUCAGCUCGUCGAGACUCUGCUCGCUUAUGGCGGUGAAGACGAGUUGGAUUAUGGUUUUGGGAAGUCGUACAAGUGGCGGUAUUUACCGAGAGGGUUUCAGGAGGCUAAACAAACCGGAAAGCCCAUUUUUUUGGUUAUUCACAAGACAACGUGUCCGGCUUGCGUCAAACUGAAGGAGAAGUUCAGUAGAUCGGUUAAAUUAAUUGAUAUGAGUCAACAUUUCGUGAUGAUCAACAUCGAGAGCAGUUCCAAUCUCAUUCAAUCCGACAAGUUCACCCCCGACGGUAAAUACGUGCCGCGCAUUCUCUUCUUUACCCCAACCGGUGAAUUUAUCCGAAACGCAUACAAUCGUCAUCCCGAUGGAGACCCAGAGCACCGUUACUUCUACAGUUCACCAGUCCAAAUAGUCCAAGUCAUGCAACAAGUCAUCGACAAUUCGGGUAGAAAUCCUCUCCCGGAGCCGCAGAACCCAGAGGGCAAAGAAAUCAGAGGAUAAA